CUUUGCUUCUGCGCUGUCGCUGGAACGGUGUUGUGUAAGCGGCUAAGCUAAGCAACCAUAGCUUGGCCAGCCCGAGCAAGACCCAGCCCGAGCCGGCCAUGGCUGGAGAGGCGACCAAAUGCUUCGGGGGCGAAGCGGAGACGUCGGAAAGUGCCGCGGUGCCGCUGGUGGCGCUGAAUUACAAUGUGCGCCGCCGGCUGUCUCUCUUCCUCAACCUGCGCGCCCCGGUGGCGGCCGACUGGGCGACGCUAGCGGAGGAGCUGGGCUAUGAAUACCUGGAGAUCAAGCACUUCGAAGCCCAGCGGGACCCCACCGGCGUCCUGAUGGACGACUGGCAGGCGCGGAGCCCCGGCGACGCUACGGUGGGGCGCCUCCUGGAUCUGCUGCGCCUCCUGGGGCGCCAAGACGUCCUCACCGACCUGGGAGCCAGCAUUGAGGAAGACUGUAAGAAGUAUCUGCAGAAGAAGCAACAGGAAGAAUCGGAGCGACCGGUUCAAGUCCCAGCAGUGGACAGUAGCUUUCCGAGGGCAUCCGAAAUGCAGGGCAUCACGACUCAGGAUGACCCCCUUGGGCGCAAUCCUGAGUUAUUUGACGCCUUCAUCUGCUACUGCCAGAAUGAUAUUCCUUUUGUGCAGGAAAUGAUCCAGGAACUGGAGCAACAAGAACAUAAGUUGAAGCUCUGUGUGUUUGAUCGGGACGUCCUGCCGGGCACUUGUGUGUGGUCCAUCACCAGUGAGCUGAUAGAGAGGAGGUGUCGGAAGAUGGUGGUGGUCAUCUCGGAUGACUAUCUUGACAGUGAGGAGUGUGACUUCCAGACCAAGUUUGCUCUCAGUCUUUCCCCAGGGGCCCGUCUCAAGCGCCUGAUUCCAGUUAAAUGCAAAAGCAUGAAGAAGGACUUCCCGAGCAUCUUAAGGUUCAUCACCAUCUGUGACUACACAAAUCCCGCCACCAAAAUGGUUCUGGACACGACUGGCCAAAUCUCUGUUGCUCCCAUGAUGCUACUGUGAAAGGUUGAAGCUUCAUAACCCAGGAAAAUGAGUGGUGGGGGGACUGCACGAAGGGUGGAAGUCCCAGUAACUUUUCCUUGACUUUUCACCCU